GGAGUAAGAUUCAAGAGCGAUAAUCGUGAUUCAUCUAGAAGCUUCAGCGGCUUCUGCUAAACCGGUCUAAUAUUGGCUAAUUAAGGACAAAAAGAACUCCAUCAAAAUGCCUGAACCUGUUGAAGCAAAGAAAGGUAAAAAGUCGGAAUAUGAAGAUCGCGAUAAACCGACACAGAUACGCUUCAGUAAUAUUAAUGCAGCGAAAGCUGUUGUUGAUGCCAUUAGAACCAGUCUGGGCCCUCGUGGCAUGGAUAAAAUGAUCCAAGCUAGUAAUGGCGAUGUCACUAUCACUAAUGAUGGGGCUACUAUCUUAAAACAAAUGCAAGUUCUUCAUCCUGCUGCAAGAAUGCUUGUAGAACUGUCUAAAGCCCAAGAUGUAGAAGCUGGUGAUGGCACCACAACUGUUGUGGUUCUUGCUGGAAGUUUGCUUGAUGCUACAGCUAAGUUACUUAAGAAAGGUAUUCAUCCUACACAGAUAUCUGAGUCUUUCCAAAGAGCUGCCGCCAAGUGUAUAGAUAUCCUACAGGAAAUUUCUAGACCGCUUGAAUUAUCUGAUCGCGAAUCUUUAUUGAAAAGUGCUUCUACAGCUUUGAAUUCAAAAGUUGUUUCUCAGUACUCUAAUAUUUUGGCCCCUAUUGCUGUGGAUGCUGUGAUGAAGGUUAUUGAUCCCUCAAUAGCAGACAAUGUGGACCUCAAUGAUAUCAAUAUAGUUAAGAAAUUAGGUGGUACAGUUGAUGACACUGAAUUGAUUGAUGGUCUUGUAUUCAACCAAAAGACAGCUGGAUUUGGAGGACCAAGCCGUGUUGAAAAGGCCAAAAUUGGGCUAAUCCAAUUCUGUAUUUCUCCACCAAAGACAAACAUGGACAACCAGGUAGUUGUUUCUGAUUACUCUCAGAUGGAUCGUGUUUUGAAGGAGGAGAGGCAGUAUCUUCUCAAUAUUGUCAAACAGAUCAAGAAAGCUGGCUGUACUGUAUUACUCAUUCAGAAAUCAAUUUUAAGGGAUGCAGUUAGUGACCUUGCUUUACAUUUCUUGGCCAAAAUGAAGAUUAUGGUCAUCAAAGAUAUUGAAAGAGAAGACAUUGAAUUUGUCUGCAAGAGUUUAGGUUGCCGUCCAAUUGCCAGUCUUGACCAUUUUGUUUCUGAAAGUCUUGGAUCUGCUGAAUUGGUUGAGGAAGUGGAUAGCGGUGGUGGCAAAAUUGUCAAGAUCACUGGCAUUGCUAAUCAAGGUAAAACUGUAUCUGUUUUAAUUCGUGGUUCCAAUAAAUUGGUUCUGGAAGAAGCUGACCGAUCUAUACAUGAUGCUCUCUGUGUCAUUCGCUGCUUGGUAAAGAAAAAAGCCGUGGUAGCUGGUGGCGGUGCUCCAGAGAUCUACAUGGCACUCCGUCUGAUGCAGAUGGCUAGUAACCAAACCGGCAUGGAACAAUAUUGUUUCCGAGCAUUUUCUGAAGCCCUGGAGGUCAUACCUUACACUUUGGCUGAGAAUGCUGGCCUAAAUCCUGUCUCUACAGUCACUGAACUUAGAAACCGAUAUGCCAAAGGUGAACGAGAUGCUGGCAUAAAUGUGAGGAAGGGUGCUAUAACUAAUAUUUUGGAAGAAAAUGUUGUUCAACCUUUACUAGUCUCCACAAGUGCGAUAUAUUUGUCAACUGAAACUGUCCGAAGUAUCAUGAAAAUUGAUGAUGUGCUUACCUGUAUUCGUUGAAAGAAUCAGUUUCACCACACCUGGUGUCCCAGUGUAACUCGGACAGCCUACAGCCAUUGAUAUUAUCACCGUUGCUAUUGUUGUCACUCUCACAAAUGGAUAUUCUCAGUCCUUUGUUGGCUUACAUUUAAGAUAUUUGCAUUUUCAAGUUGUAUUUCAUUAUUCUAAAUAAACUUAUUCAGUAUUCAA